AGAAUCACCAAGGUCUUAAACAUGAAGCCUCCGGAGAUUCUGGCUAUGAUUGAAGAGGCUGCAGGUACCAGGAUGUACGAAUGCAAGAAGAUCAGUGCUCAGAAAACUAUUGAGAAGAAAGAUGCCAAGCUGAAAGAGAUUCAGACUAUCCUGGAUGAGGAGAUCACCCCUGCUAUGGAGAAACUAAAGGAGGAACGUGCGUCCUACCUGGAGUACCAGAAGCUCAUGCGUGAGAUCGAGCACUUGAGUCGACUGUACGUGGCGUACCUGUUUGUGUGUGCCGAGGAGACCAAACUGAAGUCUACUGAAGACCUGCAGGAGAUGCAGAGCUCCGUCGCACAGCUGCAGGAGAACAUGAGGCAGAACGAGGCCAAAGUGAAGGAGCUGAGCGCGGAGAUACAGGAGCUGGAGCGCAGGAGGGACAAG